AUGUCAGGCGCCAUUCCGCUGGUUCAAGAGGGAGCCUUGCCCUUGAUUGCCAACAGAUCACCUUAUCCUACUGAUGUCGCCUCGUACAUCUCCCGUUUAAUCAGACACUCGGCGACUGGCGUGGCAUCCUUUGUCACGGCAGCCAUCAGUACGACAGAUAACUCGCCGCCCACAUAUCUUUCCAAGAGUGUUGUUUCCAGAGAAGCCGCCCCAGCCGACGACUUCGAGUCCUGGCUAAUAUCACAAAGAGAUUUUGCUUUUAAGGGAAUUCUUUCUAGCAUUGGCGGAUACCAUAAUUCAACCGAUCUUGCUGGCGUUGCCAAGGGCGCAAUAAUAGCUUCCCCAUCCAGAUCGCAUCCAGACUACUUCUAUCAAUGGACCAGGGAUUCAGCAGUUACCAUUGGCACCCUUAUUGACUAUCUGGAUGAUACUGGAUUCGACGAUGCAAAGUACAAUAUUCCUGAAAUUAUUGAGGCUUAUAUCGUCAACUCCAAGAAGCUGCAGCGGCUUUCUAACCCAUCAGGCACUUUUGAGAGCCUGGAGGGACUAGGAGAGCCCAAAUUUGCGGUCAACUCUACAGAAUUCUCCGGUCCAUGGGGGAGACCCCAAAGAGACGGGCCCGCGCUGAGAGCAAGCACGGUGAUCAGCUACCUGAAUAUUCUCCGGAAGUACAACAAGGAGCUUGUUCUCAAGGAUGAGCUUAUCGAUGAGGAGUCAAUCUACCUCGAGGUCGUCAAGCCGGACCUUUCGUACGUGAUCCGCAACUGGUACAAAAAGGGAUUUGAUCUUUGGGAAGAGGUUAAUUCUGUGCAUCUGUUCACCAGUCUCACACAGCUGAAAGCCCUGAAAAUGGGUUUUCAGGAGGCUCUGCGAUUCGAAGAUAAGACCUUCUACGGGAACCUGACGUCCUCGUAUGCCGCGCUGAGAUACUUCAUUUUAAUAGAUUCAGGCUUCAGACUCAACUCAAUUCCGUACCUGAUCGAGACUCCAGAGCUGCUAGCUACCGGUGAGAGAACUGGAAUUGAUGCUGGCACUAUAAUUGGAAUCAUUAGGACGCAUACUUUCAACGUUGACACGCAAGAUGACGUAGAAAUUCCGUUCAACGUGGACGAUCCUGCCUCACUCAACACCCUUGUUGCUCUGGCCAAUGACAUGAAAUACCGCUACCCCAUCAACCAUCACAGACUGAACUUGAGCUCUGCGUUCGCGCUGGGCAGAUACCCUGAGGACAUCUACAACGGAGUUGACACUAGUGAAGGGAACCCGUGGUUCAUUGCGACCGCUUCUGCCGCCGAACUGAUAUACAAAUACAUCUACAGCCAUUACAGAUACGAGAAAGAUCUGGUUAUUCCUAUUGAACUGAGACAACUGUUCGAGAGCAUAACAGAUCUCAAGAUACGCAACCAGACAGUCCUGCCUUUUGGCUCGAAAGCGUUUGCCGACACAGUGGGAGCGCUGAAAAGAUAUGCAGACGCAUACCUAGCUAUUAUCAAAGAGCACGCGGCCAGAGACGGACACAUGAGCGAGCAGUUCAACAGAUACACCGGGUUCAUGGUGGGGGCCAGGGACCUGACCUGGAGUUACAGCUCUUUCUGGAGUGCAUGUAGAUGGCGGGCAAAGGUGGCCAGCAUAAUUCACGCUCAGCGGUGACCGGCACGUGAUGCCAGUAACAUAGACAACAUGUCAUUUUCCCGAGUUACGAUCGUCAUGCUGAUGAAUGUGCUCUUAAUAUAAUUAUCGUAUGCAAUUUAAACGGCUAUUAUUUCACUGCUGCGGCGAAUGCGACUUCUUCUGGUAGCGUGAAAGAGACACAAAACAUGGGUUUGGUUGGGGCCACUAGUCUGACGUAGUGGAAGGAGAGGUUUUCAAAAGAAAUCUCAAAUUUCAGAAGGUCCACUAAUUUGCGGUGGAUUCUAUGCUGCAAUUCUUGCUCAGUCGGCUCUGGAUUUUCGGUCGGUGCAAACUUCUCAAAAUGGUGGACGUGGAUGACCGGCAAUCUGUAUCCUGGCAGGUCUUUCACUUCGCUGCGCGUCAAUUCUGGAAAAGCAUUAGAAAAAAGACCCACGAAUGCAUCUACAAAUGUUAUGGCAGAGUCCGGCAGAUUCAUCACAUAGUGUGAGAAGAAGCGUGGUAUUUCGACCUUGGUGACCUUGUGUUUCUUUGUUCCGCGUGCAUUUGGCUUGAACACUUCAAUAUCCUUGUGGUUUUCUGCAUAAUCCGCAAGCACUUUGGGAGAGCUUUUGAUAAAAUCUCUUCCAUCCUCAUUGAAACAGUUGACAAAGCUGUCGACCUUAUUAAUUUUCACAUUCUGCUUGAGGUACUUGUAGCUUUCUGGGUUCAAGUCGUUGGCAAAGACGAUGCACUGCUUUUUACCAGCGGGCACCGCAAAAGGCCCCACACCGGCCAUGACGUCGCAAAUAGCUUCUCCCGGGCUGAAGAUUUUCACUAACCGUCCGUGCUCCGUGGAAAGCCGAGAGUUCCAGUACACUUUGGAGAAAUCAAACGUGAAAACACAAUCACUUUCUCUUUGUUCCACCAGCAAAUUGUCCUCCCCUGCAAUGACCUUCAUUUUAAAUGUCCGAAAAAUGCUAUCAAUCGUGUCUUGUUUGUCCACCACAGUCUUGAUGUAUGGAUUUUUGUCCAAAAUCACCUGUCCUAUGAGGCUGUCGUAAGGCUUGUAUUCAUCCUUCAGAUUCACAUGAGCGACAUGACCCGUCUUGGUAAAUGAGGUCGGCACCUCAUGCAAAAGGUUUUCUGGAAGAGUGCUCUGGAGUAUUUCCUCUGCUUUCCAGAAAUCGUAGUCGAGCGUAAAUCUGUGUUUGAAAAACUUCCCAUCGCAAUCUUGUAUAUACUUGCGUGCCUCGGGCGAAAGGUAUUUUUCUAUGUCUUCUAGCGAGUGGACUUUAUGAUUAAGUGCAACAGCCUUGUAAUCUGGAUUUUUGGGAU